GAUCAAGUUUCCAUUGGGUUUCCUGUGGUAUAUUCAAUAUGGCGGAAGGAGGUGAGUCAGCAGGAAUUGCACAAAGUUCAAACAUGGCUUCACUUGGUCUUCGAGCAGUUCUUGUAGGAGCGACAGGUGCAAUAGGUGAAUGUGUUCUUGGAGAGCUAAUUUGUUCCAAGAAUUUUUCUAGUAUUGUUGUUCUUGGGAGACGUGAGGCAACUGCACCAAGCUCUUACAAUGCUGACCAAAAAGCUGAACAGGAGAGUGGCAGACUAAAACAACAUGCCAUUGAUUUUGAGAAGAUAACUAAUGAUACUGUUGGGGAAUAUUUCAAGGAGAAAGAUGUAUUCUUUUGUACUCUUGGUACAACAAGAAGAGUUGCAGGUUCAGCAGUAAGUCAAAAUAAAUUUUCAUUAUGCAGACAUUGUUGUCAACCAGUUAAAGGGCUGUAAUUUGGGUCCUGUGAU